UGGAGUCGUUUAUCUGCUCGAACGCGUCACUCCUUUCUCCACCUCACCUCUCCAACACAACACCCGAUAGUGAUACGCACGUUGACGUUCGAGGGUCCUCUAUGGGACAUCGCCUGGCGCGACACCUUCCUGAUCUGCGCGUCUUCACAAGGCAAGAUCACCAUGACCAUUCUGGGCACCGAGAACGCAUUGCCCCCGCAGGAGCUCACUUGCCCGAGCGUCAACGAUGAGGAGUUGGACCUGGUGGAGCUGGCGGAGGGCCGAGUGUGGGUGGGCGAUGAGGCGACGCGGGUCCGACGCGUCGCGCUGCACCCGCGGCUGGCCACCACCUCCACCCUCCUCAGCGCGCAGUGCUCCGCGGUGCAGAUCUGGGACAUCGCCAACUCGGACGCGCCCCUCCUCGCCAAGCGGGUGUCCAAAGAUUUGGUGCUCUGCGCCGAGUGGGAUCCGCACAACGACAAGAUCUUUGGCGUGGCCGGUCAACGGGGUACCAUGAAGCUGCUCGACGCACGAGAUGGGUCCUCGGAAUACUCGUGCGUGUGGGUCAAGAGGCAGGCCCACGCAGCGCCCAUCCGCGCGAUGAAAUGGAACCCCUGCGUGCCCCACUGGAUCGCCACCGGAGGUGAGGAGGGGCUGGUCAAGUUGUGGGACUUGCGGUACGGGGCGAGGCCCGUGUGCACGAUCCACGGCCACACGGGGCCGGUCAAUUCGGUCGACUGGAACGCGGCACACCCGGACCUGCUGGUCUCGGGCGGGUCCGAUCGGAGCCUCCGCGUGACCUCGCUCACCGCCGACAACCUGGCCGUCAUCGGCUCCAUGUCCUGCGGCACCCUCACCGACCAAAUAACACAAGGUCAGAGCUUCUUAAGGAAGCAGUACAGCGACAAGCCCCCGUCGGACGAGGAGAUCCUGGGCCUGCUGGGCACCCACGUCGAGUCCUUCAUCAGCCUCUCGGCCCACGUCAACCGGGCCUACCUCAACGCCCUCUUCCGCCAGGAGGCGUGGGACGCGUUCUAUAUUCUGGCGACGGAGCUGGCCCACAAGGCGAAGGGCUUCGAGUUCGAGACCUACGUGAACAACUUCAUGCGGGACGUGGUGUUCCCGGCGUUCAGCAACUACCUCGACAGCUGCCUGGAGCCCAAGGCGAAGCUCCCCGCGAAGCGGGAGUGCAUCAAGAAGAUCGCGAGCUUCGACCUCAACAUCACCCUCGGCGCGGACAUCUCCUAUCUCACGCAGCUUCUGCCCUCCGUUGUCAAGAACGUGUGGAAGAGCAUCAGGAAGGACAUCGAGAAGGCCAACCGAAAGGAGGCGGACAAGAAGAAAGCUGUCGCAUUCGCCAAGAACAUGCUGGCGGACUUGGAGGACAUCAUGGCGGGCAAGAGCUUCAAGACCGACGCCAUCGAGUACGAAGUCAAGAAGGUCACCGACGGCCUCGUUGACUUCAUCUCUCAAUAA